AUGAAGAAUGAUAUCCUGGGUUUAAACUAUCCAGAAGAUAGUGAAGUGAAGGAUCCCCUGCCUCAGAUCGAGUUGAAGGCUGUGACAAGGAGAAAAGUUAAGACCAAGAGGAAGACCAGUGCCAACAGGUCCAUAGUUGAACAGAGCACUGAUACUGAUGCAGCUGAGAGAGAUUUUGUUGAUAAUCAGAAUGAUGAAGAAGAGGAUGAGGUGAAGAAGAAUCCUCUGCCUCAGAUGGAGCAGGAUGCCGUGAAGAGAAAUAAAGUCAAGGCUCAGCAUCCGAGCCGGCGGAGGAGGGUGGCAGUGAAGCGGCAGGUGGCAGUGAUGUGGAGAGGGGAGCAACGGAGAACGGCCUGUCAGACCAGGGCUCUUGACCUCCCACCAAUCGAUCCGGAUGCUUUCAACCCGAUUAUCAUCCGGUUUCUGGAAAAACUUACUGAGGAGCAAUGGAGGCAGUUAAGCAUUGGCAGGAUGGACCCUGUGAUGAGGGCAUUGCUUGCAGAGAUGUGCCUGCAGAUUGUGCGGUUUGUAUCUGAGGCCAUCCUGGAGGUCAUCAUCCCUGCAAUUUUCCGUUUUGUACGGAUAUACAGCCAUGUGUCUCCAGUAUCCGGCAAGUCUCUGACAGAAUCAGAGAGAUCCUCUAGCACAAACCUGAAGGUUCGCAAGAGAGGCAGCAGCAAAUCCUCAAGGUCUUGCACGGCCAAAUCAAGCUCCUCUCGUAAUGGGUCUCAGACAGUGUUGCCAAAUACUCAGGGAGAUGUGUACAAAGAAGGACAACAAGAAGAACCACUGCACUCCAACACCUUCCCAGAACCAGACCCCUGCCGUCAGUGAAACAGCAAUUGUCAAUGAUCAAGAAUCCUGCCGAACAGAGAGUGUGUGCUCCACCAUGAAGAAACCAGGGAAGCGUUCGCUCAUUUCCAGGAUGUUUUCAGCUAUAGGCAAAGCCUUGUCCAGUCCCUUUACUUCCUGCUAUAAAAAGAAGAGCACCUAAUCUAUAUUUCAAAAUAAAUAUUUGAAAUUAACAUAA